AUGUUAGAUGAUUAUGAUGAUGUCGUCAUGAUUGGACAGAGUUCUCGAGCUGUAACAGGACUUAAACUGGUUGGAGGUUCUCGCUGUUCUGGGAGAUUAGAGAUACCUCGAGAAAACACCUGGAUGUCAGUUUGUGAUGCUGGCUUUGACCGUAAAGAUGCAGAGGUUGUGUGUAGAGAGAUGGGCUGUGGACCUCCUGUACAGCUGCUGGGUGCAGAUACUUUUGGUAAAGGAGAGGGGCAGGUGUGGACACAAGAGAUUCAAUGUAGAGGAGAUGAAUAUCAGUUUGAUCUUUGUCCAACAUCACCUUCAACAAUCAACUGCUCCCAUGAAAAUGAUGUUGGCAUUGUAUGUGCUGACACACUGAGAUUAGUUGGGGGUGGCAGUCAUUGUUCUGGUAGAAUUGAGGUUCUUCUUGAUGGACAAUGGGGAACAGUGAAUCAUGAUGGUUGGGAUCUGAGAGAUGCUGCAGUGGUGUGUAGAGAGCUGAACUGUGGAGAGGCUGUAGAUGCACCAACACAUGCCUAUUUUGGAGAAGGGAAAGGGCCAAUCUGGAUUAAUAAUGUACAAUGUACUGGACAAGAGUCUGACCUGAGACACUGCAGAAAAGAAAAAUGGCGGAAACAGGAUGGUAAACAUUUUAAUGAUGCUGGAGUUGUCUGCUCGGCAAUCAGGUUGGUUGGAGGUUCUCGCUGUUCUGGGAGAGUUGAGAUGCAUCGAGGAAACACCUGGAUGUCAGUGUGUGAUGCUGUGUUUGAUGAUCAGGAUGCAGAGGUUGUGUGUAGAGAGCUGAACUGUGGGGUUCCUGUACAGCUGCUGGGUGCAGAUACUUUUGGUAAAGGAGAGGGGCAGGUGUGGACACAAGAGAUUCAAUGUAGAGGAAAUGAAUCAGUCAUUCGAUCAUGUUCAUAUGCUUCAGAUAAAGUAACCUGCUCUCAUGACAAUGAUGUGGGACUCAUAUGUUCUGGUUACUCUGAGCUCAAACUGGUGAACGGCUCUGAUAUCUGCUCUGGUCGAGUUGAGCGUCAGUAUUUCAGUAAAUGGGGCUCAGUGUGUGAUGAGUGCAUGAAUAUGAGAGCUGCCAAUGUUCUCUGUAGAGAGCUGAAUUGUGGGAUUGCUGUGUCUGUUGUGGGAGUGGACUGGUUUGGAGAGGGAUCUGGUGAAAUCUGGGCUGAUGUGUUUGAUUGUCAGGGGAAUGAAACAAAACUCUCAGAAUGUUCAAUCUCUUCAUGGAGUCGAGCUGAAUCCUCUCAUAAACAAGAUGUUGGAGUCAUUUGUUCUAAUUCCUCUCUGUCUCUUCAUGAUGGUCGAGUGAGGUUGUCUGGAGAGAGAGAGUGUGAGGGUGAGGUGGAAGUUUACAUUCAUCAGGUUUGGAGGAGAGUUCUGCUGGACUCCUGGAGUCUCACUGAAUCCUCUGUGGUCUGCAGACAGCUGGGCUGUGGCUCUGUGCUGAACUUCACUACCUCCUCUUCAUCCAGUGAUGAACACAGUUAUGAGUGUGUGAUGGGCUUCCAGUGCUCUGGGACUGAAGAUCAUCUGAGGAACUGCAGCUCUCCACAAACUCUCAACUGCAGCGCAACACAACAGCUGGCAAUCACCUGCCUUGGUCAGAAGUCCAUCAGGUUGGUGGGUUCUGGUGGAGAUUGUGCAGGAAGGCUGGAGGUUUUUCACAAAGGCUCAUGGGGUACAGUGUGUGAUGACUCCUGGGAUAUUAAAGAUGCUCAUGUGGUGUGCAGACAGCUGCAGUGUGGAGUGGCUCUCAGUAAUCAGCCAGUACCAGCCUGGUUUGGUCCUGGUUCUGGACCCAUAUGGCUGGAUGAUGUGAACUGUGAAGGGAAUGAGUCGUCACUGUGGAGCUGCUCUUCACAGGUCUGGGGAGAUCAUGACUGUAAACAUAAGGAGGAUGUAGGAGUUGUGUGCUCAGAGUUUAAAGAGCUCAGGUUAACUGAAGGCUGUGAAGGGAAUGUGGAGGUUUUCUACAAUGGAUCCUGGGGUAAUGUUUGCUACAAUCAGAUGAACAGAGACACAGCGAGUCUGAUCUGUCAAGAGCUGAACUGUGGAAGAUCUGGCAGUGAAUUCAGUUCUUCAGAUGGAUUGAGGUCUCAGAAUUGGUUGGAUUUCUUUAAAUGUCGAUCGCAUGACUUUACUUUAUGGCAGUGUCCAUCUACAUCCUGGGGACAGAAUGACUGUUUUCUAAAUAAGGUUGUUAAAAUCACCUGUUUAGGUUUUGACCAUCAUACUAUUGUUUUCAGAGGAAAAGACCCCUCAGAGUCGUAUGGCAUGUUCUUCCUCACCAUCUCCUUACCAGAGACAAUGUUUAAGUAUAUCAUCUUCCUCUCAGACUGA